GUCCCGUCUGUUACACGGGACAUCCUCGGUCCUGCCCGUCCGACCAGGUUAUUAUUUCCGACGUCACCUGCAGUCUGCAUGGCCGAGAUAUCUCCAGUCGAAUGAGACCAUGAGAUCGAUCAUUCUGUAUAUCCUAGCAAUACUUCAACGCAAGGCACGGCAUCUUCCUUGCCUGUUGUUGCUGUGUCUGUUGCAUGACCGACGAUGCGAGCAUCAUACCACGGUGGCCAACCGAAAGGGAGCCGCUGCAGUGCCGAUCGACCCGAAUCAGCGAUGGCCCGGUGAAGAGUUUUUCGCUAGACUGGGCGCUGAUCCCGUCUCACUUCUCCGGCAUGCCGACCAACUCGAAUCAAAUUUGCUUUCACCGGGGCCCGAAAUGGUCAAGAAAACCAGGGCCGACCAGGUUAGUUGACCGGUGAAGUUCCGAACUGGAGCCGGUCGCAGGGAAUGGUGAGACAUGGUUGGAUGGACAGGAUCUCGACCGUGCCUACGUCAACGGCACUAGCGAUUCUCUUACAUAGCGAGAUAGAGCCAACGCAGAAAAACUCUGCCAGUGGACCGGCCACACACGCUAGAGAUAC